UUCAGCCGGAACGGUCGUGCUGAGUGAAUAAAUAUAUGUGUUAGCAGUGAGUCUAUUUAAAGUACUUUGACAAGUGCAAAAGCUGAUUAUAAAAUAGAUGGCUAAGUGUCUCGCUGUAGUAUUUUGACAAGUAAAAGGUUAGAAACAAUGACGAAUGACACGGCGAGUGGCGGCACGGAAGCCCGCGAAAGCACCGCGCGCGGGCCGUGGCCGCGACGGGCCGGGGACGCGGUCAAGAUCGAGUUUGGAUUCGGCGUGCCCCUGGGAGCCAUGUCCGCCCAUCCCGCCUUCCACUCCGCCUGGGACCUAGGCUGUCCAUCUUCCGGUUUCCACACCAUGGCGAGAAUGAUGGACCGCAUGAUGUCGGAGAGCCUGCAGCCGUUUGGGUUCGCGCGCAUGACUACGCGGCGGAGCGGCGCCGACAAUAAGGAGCCACCGCGCGACGGGCUGAGGACGGAGCGGAGCGAAGCGAGGCGAGAGCGAGCCAAGAAUCCAUCGGACACACACGUCUCUACUGGUACACGGCAUCCGCCUACACAAGUCGUCAAGCCCACGCAAGCGAACACAUUCCAAAUGUCGCAAGCGGACCAAAACAAACAAACCGAUCCUACGACGGAGAAAUGGGCGGGCACACUUCGCCGGCGGGAUCCUGACAUCCAACCAACUCUACCUUCCAUUGUAACCCGUAAAACUUCGUCCACGUCAGUCGGUAGCGGCAGAAAAUGUCGUUCGGUCGAGCGCAUGCCUCGGCAGAGGAUACGCCAAUUAGCACCGAUCAAACCCACCGUUCGAAAGACCGACGUGCCUUCAGAAGGAGACGUUGCUCUUCUAGAAAGAGACGAGAAAGUCUUCGACGCGACAGGAUACGAGUUGCAUUUGGUGGAGACUUUAGAAAGAGAUAUUCUGCAGAAAAAUCCUGAUGUGCGUUGGAAAGAUGUGAUAGGGUUGGAAGACGCGAAGUCAGUUCUACAAGAAGCCAUGGUUUUGCCGCUCGUCAUGCCUGAUUAUUUUAAGGGUAUCCGAAGGCCGUGGAAAGGCGUCUUACUCACGGGCCCGCCUGGCACUGGCAAAACUCUGCUGGCGAGAGCAGUGGCUACAGAGUGCAAGACCACAUUCUUCAACGUGUCUUCGGCGACGCUCACAUCCAAGUACAGAGGAGACUCUGAGAAACUCGUACGACUGCUGUUUGAUAUGGCGGCCUUUUAUGCGCCCAGCACGAUAUUUUUGGAUGAAGUGGACUCGUUGUGCGCGAUGCGUGGCGCUGACUCCGAACACGAGGCUUCGAGGCGGUUCAAGGCCGAGCUUCUAAUACAGAUGGACGGCCUCUCCGCUGCUUUCAAUCGAGACAAGAUCAUAAUGGUCCUGGCAGCUACAAACCACCCGUGGGAUAUCGACGAGGCAUUCAGGAGAAGAUUCGAAAAGAGAAUAUACAUUGGUCUUCCUGAUGAAUCGACAAGAGUUAAGUUAUUGAACCUGUGCCUUCGAGACGUGGUGCUUGGAGAUGACGUGUCCCUAUCUGACCUGGCCUGCAAGCUGGAUGGGUACAGCGGUUCCGAUAUCUGCAACCUCUGCAGAGACGCAGCGAUGAUGACGAUGCGCCAGAAGAUCGCCGGCAAGAGUCCCGACCAGAUCCGAAAGCUGAAGCGGUCAGAACUGGAAGCGCCGGUGUCAAAGACCGACCUGGAGGCCGCUAUGGAGAAGACACGACGCACGGUCUCUCAGGCCGACGUCGCGCGUUACUCCACUUGGAUGCAGCGCCACGGCUGCUCCUAGCGCCGACACAAAG